CAGGUGUGGACAGUGCCACUAGCCUAUACACGGAUAGGCAAACGCAAGGCGUAUGGAUGCAUUAGUGGAGAGCCAGACAGACAUUCACUGUUGUAGAAUGGUACAUGGGACUGAUUAUUGAAUUAAGUUGAGUGGCUAGCUGGGCGCACCCUUAUUUUAAUGACUUCAAGAACUAAUGGCUGAAUACAUCACUCGCCUGCCAUGAGACCAUCCUAAAAGCACAACUUUAUCGAAAACACAACUCUAUCGACAUAUCCUAUGAAAAAUGGGUUCCCGAUCUAUGUGUGCACGCCAUUCAGGGGGUGUGGUGUGAACACACUCGCUCCCGGUCGCGCUGGUGUGUGUGUGGUGAGUGGAGCGAACGCAGCACAGAGAAAGCGCACUCAAAGCUCGCGCAGGCAACGGAAAGUGGGGAUAUAGUGCGCGGCGGCAUGGCUUCGUCUCACGGGAAAAACGAACACCGGUUCGCCGACUGGAUGGCGAAUUUACCGGAGAGCAUGCACAGCAUCCCGCUUACCAACCUGGCCAUUCCAGGUUCCCAUGACUCCUUCAGUUUCUACAUAGACGAGUCCUCUCCGGUGGGUCCUGAGCAGACUGACGCUGUCCAGAACUUUGUGUCGGUCUUUGGCACGGUGGCCAAGAAGCUGAUGCGUAAAUGGCUGGCCACUCAGACUAUGAACUUCUCCAGCCAGCUGGAGGCCGGCGUCCGCUUCUUUGACCUGCGCAUUUCCACCAAGCCCCGGGACCCAGACAACGAACUCUUCUUCGCUCAUGGCCUCUUCAGCGCCACUGUGAGAGAAGGUCUGGAGCAGAUCAGCUCCUUCCUGUCAGCCCAUGCCAGAGAGGUUGUGUUCCUGGACUUUAACCACUUCUACGGGGUUCAGAACCUGCACCAUGAGAAGUUGGUCUCAAUGCUGAGAGACGUGUUCGGGGAGAAACUUGCCCCCGUCGUCUUCGCUCAGGAGGUGAGUCUCCAGUACCUGUGGGAGAAAGACUACCAGGUAUUGGUGUUCUACCACAGUCCUAUGGCCCUGGAAGUGCCAUUUCUAUGGCCUGGUCAGAUGAUGCCUGCUCCCUGGGCCAACACCACUGACCCUGAAAAGCUGAUCCAGUUCCUCCAGGCCUCUGUGGCUGACCGCAGGAGGAAGGGAACAUUCUUCGUCUCCCAAGUGGUCCUCACACCUAAGGCCAGCACCGUCAUGAAAGGAGUAGGCAGCGGAUUGAGGGAGACCAUUACAGAGAGGGCUCUUCCAAGUAUGAUGCUGUGGAUCCGGGCCCAGAGGCCAGGAGAGAGCGGCAUCAACAUCAUCACAGCUGACUUCGUAGAGCUGGGAGACUUCAUCAGUGCUGUCAUCACGCUCAACUAUCAUAUGGAUGAUGAGGAGGAAAACGCCACCUGAGACUGAAAGACAGGGGGUGCCAAAGAGUUAAGUCCUCAGCUCAGUCUCACUUUCUCUUUGGUGUCCAUUUUCAGGAGAGGCUUUCCUCUGACUUAUUAUAUAGGGCUAUCAGAGUUUACAGAGGAAGAGAGAGAGAGAGAGAGAGAGAGAGAGAGAGAGAGAGGGAGAGAGAGGAGGGAGAAGGAAACGUUAAGAUAGGAGGAGAAAGAAAGGUGGAGAUAGGGAGGAUGGACUUUGGUGCUCGUUUAGAGCGCCGAAAGUGAAUGAGAAAUGUUUGGUUUUAUCUGUUUUGGGGUCAAAAGGGCAAUUGGUUUUUAACGACGCUUCGCUUGGCUUCGCUUCAAAUCUGCUGUAACGAUAACUGCUUCUAUCCUCCAAUCCCACAAGCUCGUGUUUCUGGCAUUUCCAUUUCUUGUGAGGCUUAAGCUAGCUUAUUAGCAUAUUCUACAGACAUAAAUGUUGUUCGUAUUUCAGUGACAGUGAUGGCCAACCUACAUCAAAACUCAUUUUCAUUGGUGCCAGUAAUACAUCUGAUUGUCGUCAACCUGAUUAGCAUGUCAACUACUCACACAUGGCUGUAGAACUUACUUCCGAUGAUGGAUGGAUGGAUGGAUGGAUGGGUUGAUUGAUUGAUGGAGCUUCCCAAAUAGUUAUUAUAGUUUUUCGAUCUCUUUCUACAUUUAUUGACUAUUUUGUCUCUGUAUCAGUCCUGUCACCACAAUGCGUAAAUUGAUAACUUCUUACAGUACAUUGAUUUAGCUCCUAGACCACCUGUAACAGCACUUUCCCUAUGUGACAGAUUGCCAGACAGAUUGAUAUUUGUGUGUCUUUUGAUUGAUUGCCUCUCUCUCGAGUGCCCUCUGUUGGGUAUUGCAGAUCAGUAUUUCCCAACCCUGGUCCUCAAGCUCCCCCAACAGUACACAUUUGUAUUGUAACCCUGGACAAGCACACCUGAUUCAACUUGUCAACUAAUCAUCAAGUCCUCAAUGAGUUGAAUGAGGUGUGUUUGUCAAGGGCUACAACAAAACUGUGGACUUUUUGGGGGUACUUGAGGACCAGGGUUGGGUAACACUGUUGUAGAUGACCAUAAAACAGGUUUAAUUUCAUGUUUCUCACAAUGGCUUGAUAUCAUUCUAAUCUCAUGUAGGUGUCUGUUGUCCUGAAAUAUUCACCACAAUGUUUCUUUUCUUUUUUUAAUCAUUUAACUUUUCUUCUUUUCAGUUACUUGUAUAGGAUAUAAUAGAAUAGUUAUCUGUUGCUUUACUAUUACUCGUGUGUUUGCCUGCUUAAUUGCAUUCAGUCUAGUAGAAAGAUGUUUCCCUUGCUUUGCUCUGCACCUAUUCAGGACAAACUGUAAAUGCUCAACUAGGAAGACAAAUUAUAUUUGAAGUGGCACUUGCGGCGUAGUGAAGAAUACAAUACGUAUCACAUUUUCUUUGCUAAAAUUUGUUUUGCACAUUAUGCAAGAACUUCGCAUAUAUAUCAAAAGCUUUGCCUCAUUUCUCCCCCCCAAAAAAAUGUUACGAUUAUUGUUGCAUCUUUUACAGAGAAUGUAUUCUGAGAAAUUGUUAUGUAAACUAAUGUUUAUUGUGAACCAAAAAAAGGAGGAAAUGUUACAUUUUGAAUAUGUGAAUGUUUGUCCUGUAUGAAAAUGUGCCAUUUCCAACUUUUUUCAUUGUGUGUGUGUGUUUUUAUGUAAGAGAGGGACAGACAGACAGACAGACAGACAGACAGACAGACAGACAGACAGACAGACAGACAGACAGACAGACAGACAGACAGACAGACAGACAGACAGACAGACAGACAGACAGACAGACAGACAGACAGACAGACAGACAGACAGACAGACAGACAGACAGACAGGCAGAGAGACAGGUAGAUAGAUAGAAAGACAGAGAGUAAGGAUUUAAUUGAGUGUUUGUAUGUAUUGUGUGUAUUGUUCAGAAGUGUGAACAUUUUCAUACAAUUUGUAUGUGUCAAUGACUUCAUCCUUAUGACUUAAUGUUAAAAUAUAUUUUAUAUCAUGUGAAAAGUUUGUAUAUAAAGUGCAAUGGAUUUACUGCCAUGUAAUUGUAAAUGAAAAUGAAUGCCAAGAACUAUCCACAAGAAAGGCUUCUACAGAAAUAUCUCAGUUGUAAUAACACACAAAUAUAUGGCCAAUACGAGUUUUGUCCAUAUCUCUGAAAGUCAAAUACACUUCCAAAAUAUAUUUUUUGUAAUUAAUUAACUAUGUGCAGGAAUCAAAAUAUAUUUGUAAAUAUAUUUCUUGUCACUUAGUGGAUUAAUACCUUUUGGAUGCUAUCCUAACCUGACUAUAGCUACUUGAGUUGUUUGUGUUCAUCUCAAGUAAGAAAAUACUCAAGACCUUUAAUAAUUAUCACCAAAAUGUGUACACUGCACUGCAAACAUGAUAAGUUAUGAUAUUCAAUAACAACAGCAAUUAUAUUUAGUUCCAAAUAGGUAAUGUCCAAUGUUUUGCUUAAACUCUGAGACGGUAAUAUACCUAAGAAAUAAACUAUUGCAAUACACAGUGUAAAAAGACACCUACAUACAUGUAUUUACUUAUAAAGAUACUUAUAAAGUCAUCUAGUGUUGACAUAAUUAUACCCUCCAUAUUGUAGUCCUUACCUUUCUGUCCAUUUUUGGUGUGAUGAGUCCAUUGCUGUAAAACUGUUGUAAAGACCAAACCUUGUGCGUUACAAUGAAACUGAUUCUGUUCUAAGUGGAAGAUGACUAAUCAAAUAAAGCUUCUAAGCCUGUA